AUGGUGUCAGUGGAUGAGCAUAAGGACAAAGAUUCGAGGCUAAGUCCUGUCUCCGUUCAAUCACCACAUGUCGAGUUUGACAACCUCGAACAGGUGAAAUACCGGCUUGUCAGAGAUAUGUUGUCGUCAGGGAAGAACACCGAUUGGAUAUGGGAUUGGAGCAGCAGGCCAGAAGCGCAUCCACCAAAAUGUGUCCAUAUGAAGCAAUACGGUUCGAAUCUCACAACACCGCCUAAUUCACCGGAACCUGAGCUUACGAUGGUGUUUGCAUACGACGUUGAACCGAAGUCGAUGCCACUCCAUGUCGUAGUUGGCUUCGUCGUGUCGAACAUUGUCACGUUUGUAAUCGGAGCAGCGAUCGGGUUGGUGAAUUUACUGAUUCCCCCUUUGAAUGGGACUUUAUUUGAAACUAAAUGA